AUGGCAGAUCCUAUAGAGGCUGCACUAGCUGAUCUAGCUGUGAAGAAAUUGGUUACCAAAGGUUAUGGAGUAAUCAGUUCUGUAAUGGACCUCCAGUCCGAGCUUCAAGAUACAAGGACUCUGAUUGAAGCAGCUCUCCUUGAUGGAGAUUCCAUGUCAGACCAAUGCAGCCGCACUCAACAAGACACGCUGGAGAAGCUGAGUUGUCUGCUUGAUAGGUUGCUUGACUUGUCGGAUGUAAGAGCUUCUAGAGAAUUACAGAAACAAGUUAUGAGCGGAGGUAACUUCAAAAAAGAGUUUCGGUGCUUCUUCUCUGCAUCAAAUCAAGCUGUUGCACGGUUUAAAGACGCUCGGAAAGUUGAUGAUAUUAAGAAGAAACUGAGCGCCAUUGCAAGAAACCAUGCUAUGAUUAGUAGCAUUUGCAGCAAGCCAACGCAGGCAAGGAGCAUUCAAAGUGCGGAAUCAUCAUCGUCUAACAUCCUUACCAAUUUAGUUAUUGGGAGGGACAAAGACAGGGAUGAGAUUGUAAGCAUGCUGUCUGAGGAUUCUCUUGCUUCAGGAACAACCCUCUCUGUUUCCUCCAUUGUUUGGAUCGGCGGAAUGGGAAAAACAACGUUGGCUUGUUCUGGGUUUCGCCAACUCAGGAUUUUGAUGAUAGCAGCAUGCGGAGAAGGGGAAUUGCCUCACAAUCAAAGCAACGUGGCUCAGCUCUAUCAUCACUUUAGACGAGCAAUUGGCGGAAAGAAGUUUCUGCUUGUUCUCGACAACAUUUGGGAUCAUAAUAAUGAUUUGAGAGACAAGUGGUUAAACUUGAGAAAGCUGCUAGAGUUUGGGGCUAAUGGGAGUAAGGUUCUCAUUACCACUCGUGAUCAAAAAGUGGCUGGAGUAUUGGACUCCACUGCUUCUUGCAUGCUUGGGGAUUUAACAGAAGAUGACUCAUGUCUUCUCUUUCAGGAGAUUGCUUUUACACAGUGGCAGGAGGCAGGAGUGGAAGCAAUUGGGUUGGAGAUCGCUAAAAUGUGUCCAAAAGUGCCCCUUGUUAUACGAAGUAUCGGAGGCCUCUUAGCAGGGAAACGUACGGUUCAGGAAUGGCUUGCUUUUAGAGAUGAAUUUCAGCUUGCUAAUUUUGCUUCUUUUGGGAGUGACGUUAUGCUGAAACUCCCAAAUUCUAUAACGAGGCUAGUGAAUUUACAAUCACUCUACCUGGAUGAUUGUGAUCACCUUGAGAAGUUGCCUAGGGACAUGAGCAAGUUGGUGAAUCUGAGACACCUCAAGUUGGUAGGGAGUAAGAAGUUGAGGAGGCAUAUGCCUAUGGGAUUGGGGAAGUUGACAGAUCUAAGAACAUUAGAUACUUUCAUAGUGGGCAACUAG